AACUAACAACUGCUGCCCUUCGUUACACACCUCUUGGUCUUCUCAACUUAUCAGACCUGGGCCAACCCUCCACCAUCCACAUCUACCAUGGAAGCGUUAACGUUUAACACAAACAGCGGCUACUUAGAAGGUCUGGUUCGGGGUUACAAGUCUGGUCUUUUAAAGCAGCACGUUUAUGCCAAUUUGGCUCAAUGUGAAACACUGGAUGACUUUCGUUUGCAGCUUUCUGCCACUGAUUACGGUGGAUUUUUGGCAAACCAGGCUCGUUUGAGCAGUGCUAUUAUUGCAGCUCAGGCAACCGAGAAACUCAUUGAUGAAUAUGAGUAUCUUCGUGCCCAGGCUGAUGAAAAGCUUUCCAAGUUUAUGGAUUACAUUAGCUACGCUUACAUGAUUGACAAUGUCAUGCUUAUGAUUUCGGGUACUGCUCAUGGCCACGACACGCACGAAUUGCUUGAGCGCUGCCAUCCUCUGGGCUGGUUUGAGACACUCCCAACGUUGUGUGUAGCCACCAAUGUUGAAGAGUUGUACAGUUUAGUGCUUGUCGAGACGCCGUUGGCUCCUUACUUCAAGGAUUGUAUUUCUGCUGACGAUUUGGAUGAACUUCAUAUUGAGAUCAUUCGUAACACCCUGUACAAGGCAUACUUGGAGGACUUUUACGAGUUUUGUAAGAAGCUUGGCGGCGCAACCGCUGACACUAUGCUUCCUAUUUUGGAAUUUGAGGCCGACUGCCGUGCUAUUACCAUUACCAUCAAUUCUUUCGGCACCGAGUUGAACAAGGAUCUUCGUUCAAAGUUGUACCCUUCCAUUGGCCGUUUAUACCCCUACGGCACUGCCAUCCUGUCCAAAGCAGACAACAUCGGCGAUGUCGAAAGUGCAGUAUCUUUGGUGAAGGAGUACACCGGAUUUUUUGAUCAAACCUCGGACAAAAGUUUAGACGAUCACUUUUACGAGAUGCAAGCCCACUUGAAUAAGCUCUCCUUUUUGCAACAGUUCCAUUACGGCAUUAUCUACUCUUUUCUUAAGCUCAAGGAGCAAGAAGUUCGUAACAUUACCUGGAUCGCCGAAUGUAUUAGUCAGAAUCAACGGGACCGGGCAAUGAACAUUGUUAAUAUUCUUUGAGCUUUUUCCUUUUGGGUCCCUUACUCGAACUUAAUUUGUCCCACUUUACAUUCUUUCUCGAACGAAAUUAUACGCGUGCUAGUUGUGCUUCUGCGAGAAAUGCACAUAAGCCCCGGUACCGCAAAACGAAAGGAGCAGAAGAAACGGUUUUAUUUUCCCUAAUCUAUCAUAGUUUAUUUUGUUCAUACGUACAGUUCUUUUGCAUUGCUUAG